AUGAAGAUAAUAUCCUACAAUGUGAGGGGGCUAGGUGGUACUGCCAAGAGGAGAUUGCUCAGAGGACUGAUUUCAAAGGAGCAAGUUGACAUGAUUUGCAUACAGGAGACAAAGCUGGAGGCAGUAAAUGUGAGCAUAUGUACACAGAUUUGGGGUGACUGUGAUUAUGAAUGGCAAGCUUGCCCAGCUGUGAAUCGAGGGGGAGGCUUGCUUUGUGUUUGGAAGCGAGGGGUUUUCCACAUGCAGGAAUGUUAUUCCGGACCAGGAUUUAUGGGACUAGUUGGAAAUUGGGGUAAUAUGCUUGAACUAUCUGUGAUUGUCAAUAUUUAUUCACCCUGUAGAAUCGAAGAGAAGAGGAGCAUGUGGCAGCACCUAGUAGAUUGGAAAAACAGCAACACUGCAUCACUUUGGUGUCUGGGGGGUGAUUUUAACUCAGUUCGCUCUGAGGAUGAACGUAGAGGCAUUACAGUAAACUCUGGACCGCAGAGGAGGGACAUGGUGGAGUUCAACAGAUUCAUUGAAGAGAUGGAGGUACUAGAUCUUCCAUUGUCUGGAAGGAAGUAUACCUGGGUCAGACCAAAUGGACAGGCUCAGAGCAAAAUCGACUGGUUUUUACUGUCUCUGGAGUGGUUAGCAAAGUGGCCUCAUAGCGUACAGUUGGGGCUCAACAGGGAAUUCUCGGACCAUUGCCCAGUUCUUCUAAGAUCAAUAUACCAAGACUGGGGCCCGAAACCCUUCCGUGUGAUGAAUUGUUGGAUGAAGGAUCAUCGCUUUGAGGAGGUUGUGAAAAAGGCUUGGGAGGAACAGCAAAUUAGUGGCUGGGGUGCGUUUAGACUCAAAGAAAAAUUGAAAGGGCUGAAAGUAAAAUUGAAAGGAUGGAACAAGGAUGUUUUGGAGCGAUUUGCGGAGUAG